UCUCAGAAGACAGGAAUUCCAGUGAAUCUGCCUGGAAGAACAGAAUUUCUCUAUCUGCCGUAAACACUCCAGAGCCAGCAAUGAUGCACGAGCCUUUAGUUGGCAGCCAGAAAAGGAAAGCAAGGAAAACUAAAAUAACACAUCUUGUCCGAACAGCAGAUGGCCGAGUGUCACCAGCAGGAGGGACACUGGAGGAAAAGCCAAAAGAGCUGCCACAAAAUACUCUUCAAAAAACAUCAAGUGCAGAAACAGACUGCAACAGUGAACGCUCCAGAAAUGCAGAGGCAGAAGAAAAUUAUACUAUUACAUCAGAUAUGCCAGCGGUGUCUGCAUUUUUUAGCUUAGCUGCUCUGGCAGAAGUAGCAGCCAUGGAAAACGUACACAGGAGUCAGAGGGCCACGCCUCUCCCACAUGACGGACAGCCAAAUGAAAUGUCUCAGGCUCCAGUGCUUAUUUCCUGCGCUGACCAGUGAAGCUCCACUUUAUUGUAAAACAUUGUGCUUUACCUAAUAUCCUAGCCUUGUCUUUACCAAGGGAAGCUAGUCAGUCCAUGAUGGAAACUGUAGACUGCAAGCAAGUGCUUAUUGCUCUGAGUGGCCCAGAAUUCACUGGAAGCCUGACGUUAGCAACUUGAGCCAGGUCCUCAAAUCAGAACCCAGUAUGUAGGAGGGUGAUAUUAAUUGUCUAUUAAUGAACAGCAAUGGAAUGAUGCCAGAGGUUGCUUUCUAUUGAAGGCUUUUAAACAGUAAGUAGGUGGUUGGUGUGAAAAAGGCUGCCUUUACUGUUAGCUCUCACAGAGUCUCUUUUACCAACCAGAGAGUAUGGCAACUAGUUUCGUAUAAUACCUAGUUAUUCUAAA